GUGUACGUAUCGGCCUACGACGACUGUACUACGCAAAACGACGACCCGAUUUGUAUGAAUACCAAUGAGACUGGCUACUUGUACUCAUGUCCGUACGAUGGCGUUGCACUGAAAGACAUGGAAGUGCUAACGGCUGGUCCCAUUGCCGAGUACACCAUCUCCCACUACCUUGACCGUCAUG